UCCAUCUGCAAGAACAUCCAUCCGAUCUUCUCCCCCACUCGGGCACACCCGGCGACAGCAACAAUCUCGUCGCCGCUCUGAUGCUAAGGCCGCCGCCGGCGCCACUGCUCCCUCCAGCUUCCCGCGCUUCCCUCCUUCCUCCCCACAAAGCCGCGAACCCCAACACCGAACCCACUCCCGCGACCUCCACGACCGCCAGAGCCACACCCAUGGGCGCGGCUGCGUCCUGGCCGCGCGCGCUGGGCCAGCGCUUCAACCCGAGAGGCGUGGCCGCGGUGGUGGCCGUCGCGGCGUCCGAGCCGCGUCUAGCGCUGCCGCACGUGUCGGUGCAGGACAUCCGGUGGCUGGACUGGGCGGAGCUCCGCCGCGCCGGGUUCCGCGGCGUGGUUUUCGACAAGGACAACACCCUCACCGCGCCCUACGCUCCCGAGCUCUGGCCGCUGCUGACCGCCUCGUUUGACCAGUGCCGCGCGGCCUUCCCCGGCGCCAUCGCUGUCUACAGCAACUCCGCAGGGUUGAAGCAGUAUGAUCCAGAUGGGUCGGAUGCCAGUACGAUUGAGGCGACUAUCGACGGGGUUCAUGUGAUUAGGCAUGAUGCAAAGAAGCCUGCUGGGGCAGCCAAGGAAAUAGAGAGUUAUUUUGACUGCUCAGCUUCAGAUCUUGUGCUGGUUGGUGAUAGAUACUUUACUGAUGUUAUCUAUGGAAAUAGGAAUGGUUUUCUUACUGUAUUUACAGAACCAUUGAGUUUUGUCGGUGAAUCUUACAUUGUCAGAAAGGUUAGAAAACUGGAAGCGUACAUUAUCAAUUAUUGGUACAAGAAAGGGCACAGACCACUCAAGCACCCUUUGCUCCCUGAUGCAAGAACGAUUGUGAAGUUUGAUCCGUGUGAAGGCCCAGUCUCACCUAGAGCAUAGCACAGUCAUGUACUCCCUCCGUUCGGAAUUACUUGUCACAGAAAUGGGUGUAUCUAGAUGUAUUUUAGUUAUAGAUACAUCCAUUUUCGAGACAAGUAAUUCCGAACGGAGGGAGUAUAUGUUACCAACUGACACUCGUCUGGAGAACUUGUUGGAUUCUUUUAUCUGAACCUCACAAAUUUCAGUUUCUUAUCGGGCUAAAUAUAGAGGGGAAUAUGAUGUGUGUAAAAAAAAACUUGGUAUCGUUCGUGUUCAGUGGCUUCUUUUGGUUCAA